GCAGCUUAAGAGCUCCGCCGACAAGCUGCUGAUUGUGUCGAACCCGAAUCACCGGCGCUCGUGGAUGAUGAAGCCCGGCGUCGCCGGAGGCGCAACUGUACAGGAUGCAGAUUCCCUCAAGACGGCAGAAGAGGUCGCAGCAUAUCGGGAGGCGAGCCGGAAGAACCCGAAAAGCAUGCACUAUUUGAAGUUGGUGCGGGAACUGUUGGAGCGGAAAUUGCCGAGCGUGCGCUAUGUAGCGCCGCUGUUUGCCGACGCGGUAGAAGAGCAGUCUGAAAUUACAGGUAGACCGAGCCACACCAGGGAUCCUGCUGGUGCUGCUGGGGUCGCAGCCACACUACACUCGACUCACGGCGCGGCUUCCACCUGUGCAAAUUCAUCCACGUCAAACCAGCAGGAGCUGCAUGAAGCAGGCGCCGCACCGCGCGCAUUUUUACCGCGUCAUCCCGAAAGUGGUGCAGCGGUUAUAUCAGAAGAGCACCGGUUGUUCCCGCUGGAGGAGCAGAAAGAGCACCGCCAGUACCUCCAUCGCCAGGACCUGCAACAGCGUUCGGCCGACAACGAUCUCUACAAUAUGGUGGUCGGGGCCACGGGCUUUGUCGCCGGCGGUCAGUCGCAGUUCAGCACCUUAGCGCAGACACUGGCCCGGUGCCUGGAAGAGCCCACUGGCCCUGGAGGAGCGGAACCCGCGUGCGCUGGUGGCAUGGGAUUCUGGCAGGCGGCAGAAAAACAAACGAGAAGCGAUGACCAACUUGCGGGAGAUGAUGACUCGGGUCCUUCUCCGGAAAAAGCACCGGUGGAUGAAGAAAAAAACACCAAUCCGCUUGUGGUAUUGAGAACACGAAAGAACGAUCGCUAGUCACUUCAUCGCGCAUUUCUGAUAUCCACUGAGUUUUUUGUGUACGACUCACAUUCAAUCAUUUGUUUUUCCCUGCUAAUUCGAUGAAGUAAAUGAGCGACACGCUCAUAUGCAUUGAUAGAGAUACAUUCCCAAAUAAAAUCGCAGGCAGCUAACUCACAAAAUUCGAAAAAGAUAAGAUACACUCCCAGGAAGGAACUGAGUAUGAGUAGCAGUUUCUAUGUAGUUCAAGUUCUGGAAGCAAGCAGGACUGGAUUUUUGAAGACCACUCAGUAGUAGACGUUAUACCACCCAGCGAUUGAUGAGCAAUUCUAAUUCAGUAAGUAGAGAGGUUCAAGCUAUAUAAAGAGGCACAACUGCAAGCGCAUGGACAAGCCGUCUAUAUGUUGUUUUCUUUUGGACGAACACGUGUGUAACAGUUUUGAGACUGAGGAGGUCGCGUACAGCUGCAUGGCGCUCCUGAAGAUAGAUGAGGAAGUUGUUGCAGGCCCAUGUGGUCUUUCAGCAAGCAUAUCUCGCUGCUUUUGAUUCAAUAAGAAGCAAUUUGUGUGCUUGCGGAUCGAUAGCGGUGUUUGUGCU